GUUAUUUUCAAUGGUGGUGACAGUACGAGACCCUGCUAGUGACGUGAUGAAAAAUAAACAUAACUGAUAAAUAAUAGUGAUAGAUCUACAGCAAUGUCGAGUUCUUCAGCUCCAUUGUUGACCCAUCUUGAAGCUGAAAAUACUUCUUCGCCUUUGACGUUUGAUACCAUCAUCGAACAAAGCUUAUCUGACUUUGGGCUCCGGCAGAUUCUACAGAUAAUGUUUAUCGGGCUUGCCUUUACGUUCGACUCCAUGCAGAUAUUCAUCACCGUCUUCACAGACGCAUACCCUACAUGGCAUUGUCUCGACCACACGAUCUCCGAUCCGACAACUACAACCAUGUGUGGACUACCUAGGUCAGCUUGGGACUGGGACAAAGGAUUCAAGGGUAAAUCCGUCAUUUCAGAGUUCGAUCUUGAGUGUUCGAGCUCCUUCCUCAGAGUUCUCCCCACCUCUGCUUUCUAUAUGGGUUCCAUCGUCGGAGGGGUUUUGCUUUCCACGAUCCCAGAUGGUUUCUUGGGACGCAAGCAACUGCUUUUCUUAUCAACUUUGACAAUGUCAGUGACUGGAAUCUCGAUCUUCUUCUCCUCCAACAUAUGGAGCUACGUUUUCUUGAAGUUCUUGGUUGGUUUCGCGCGUUCUCAGACAUGUACAUACGCGUUAGUUUUGAUAUGCGAGCGAGUUUCCACAAGGUGGAGACCUAGAUCUACUAUGAUUCCGUUUACUCUGUUUGUGCUAGGGUUUAUGUCUCUCUCUGGAAUUGCUUACCUUGCUCGCCACGUUUCUUGGAGAGUUCUUUAUCUCUGCACAUCGGUCCCGGCUGCAGUUCACAGUGUUUUCCUCUGUUUCUUCGCCUUAGAGUCUCCUCGUUGGCUUCAUCUGCAAGGAAGGAACCAAGAAGCCAUUGAAGUACUCAAAAGAAUCUCACCUGAAACUAGACCUUACUUGGAGUCGGUCUCUUCUCGGUUACCUCAACAACAACAAACCCUAGAGCAGGCUCCAAGGUACACGAUAAAGGACUUGUUCAUCAGAAACUGGGCUUUCAAACGAAUCGUACUUGUUAUGAUCAUAAUGUUUGGAUUAGGUAUGUCUUACUACGGAGUUCCAUUAGCCGUCAGAUACAUAAAACUCAACAUCUACUUAAGCAAAGCCCUAAACGCAAUGGUGGAGCUGCCUUCCUUUGUCAUAACACCGAUCUUGCUGGAGAGGUUCACCAGAAGAAGCUCUGUGCUAGUCAAUGCCUUAGUGGGAGGAGCGUCAGGGGUGCUCUGUUUCGUCCUAAGCCUUCUAGGUAGAACAAAGAUUGCUUUCGCUUUAGAACUUGUCUCCUUCCUCUGUGCGAGGAUUGGAUUCAACUUGAUGGCGGUUUAUAUCGUUGAGAUGUUCCCUACAUGCGUGAGAAACUGCACUAUGACGAUGCUUAGACAAGCACUUGUGGUUGGAGGAGCUUGUUGUCCGCUCAUUGCUUCUAUUGGAAGACAUGUUCCUUCACUCUCUUUCGCGGUUUUCGGGUUUGCAAUGUCGGGUUUCGGGUUAUUUGUUUUGCUUCUUCCUGAGACCAAAGGGUCAAGUCUUUGUGAUACAAUGGAAGCACAAGAGCUGAGAGAUCAAGCCUUGAAGAUUAUCCCUAGUUGUUGAAA